GGUACACUUCCGGCGCGCAGCAGGCGGCCAUGUUGGAGCAGCGGAGGCGGCGCAGAGGCGCGUCUUGGGUCCCCGCGGCGGCGCGCGGUGCCAAGCACUGGUUUGUGGAUACCCAGGCAGAACUGCAGUGCCUAAUGCCAUGAGCGUGGUGGUGCAGCAUGUGGAGGAGAAAGCUGUGCACUCCUGGUCGCGCAUCUCCACAGCAGGGAAGAAGGCCCUGGAAGAGGCGCUGCUUGUGUUUAACCCCAUGAGCCAGGAUCUCAGUGCCACAGAGGCCCAGCUUGUGGCCUUCCUACAGGGCCUGCGAGAUGAUGGUUUCCAACCUACCAUUCUUCGUAGCCGUGAUGUCUAUGGCUAUAGUUCAUGCACAGCCAAUCCCCCAAGUCAGACGAAGCUACAGGCUUGUGCCCCCAACCCAGCUGCCACAUCACCUCCAACCAGUGCUCCCCGAACUGCUGUGCACCUGCCCACAGGCCGGGCUACCCUGCUACCCGUGUCUUUGUCUGGCAGGCUGGCCAAAGGGUCUACACCAGCUUUCUCCAAGCAUACUACUACCAAUCUGCUGCUGAGCUCUCUGAAGCAGUCAAGUGCCAGCCAAACAAGGGGUGCAACAGUGGGCUUCCCCACUCACCUAUAUCCAGGUGUCUACCCUGCCAUGCGGCUUUCUGUUGUCCUUGAGGCCCUGGUUCCACUCAAGAAUCCCAUGCCCUGCUUGAGUGCUAAGCACAAGACACAGUCACUGCAGCUCUCACUCACAGACUCUCCUUUGAAACUGCGGAAAGGUUCAGGGAAGAGUCUAGAGAACCCCCGGUCCAAAGCUCCUAGAAAAACCACAAGCAAGGGCCCCACUUGUCUGACUCAAAAAGGUUCUAGAUCUGGACCCCAGCAAGGCACUGGGCCCCAGAAAAAGACCUAUAGAGCCACUGGCUCUUUCCGUGGUCUGCAAAUGAAAGAAAGCUCCACCCUGGGCACGAAAAUAGCACAAGUCAAGAUGUCUCAAACACUGGCCAAAGUUGCCCAUGCCCACACCAGUAUAGCUCGAACACAGGCCAAGGCCAAGGCAGCACGGGCCAAGGCUAAGGCCAAGGCAGCACGGGCCAAGGCUAAGGCCAAGGCAGUACGGGCCAAGGCUAAGGCCAAGGCAGCACGGGCCAAGGCUAAGGCCAAGGCAGCACGGGCCAAGGUGGCUCAGACCCAGCCUAGGAGCAAGGGCAGGGCAAAGGGAUCCGUUCAGCCCAGGAUUUCAAGAAAGGUCCCGAAAAGCCACUCUAUGACUCUGGGGCAGAAGAGGAAAAGAGCUGAGGAGGCAAAGGAUCUCCCUCCAAAGAAGAAAAAACGGCUUGGGUCCCAAUCUCCUAAAUCCUGUCUGGGGUCAGGAACAGCAAAGCUGGUAAAGUUCCAUGCCAUAAAAGUGAACAGGCAGUCCUCCGAUGAUGAGGUUCGGCAGCAAGCCCAGCGGAUUCUUCGUGUGAACCUGUCUCCUAUAAUACAGCUCCAGCCAUUGAUGCCAUAUUCGACAUCCUGAUUCCCUAUUUCAUACAGCAAUGUUUGGAAAAAUAGCCCAGCUGUUUGCGUGGCCAGUAGCACAGUGUGCCAUGCCUAUGGACUGCAACCUUGAACAAUUCCGGGUACCUCUCCAGGGCCCUGGCAGCACCAGCCUUCUUUCAAAAAUUGAAAGAUUUGGGGUGGGGUGGUGGUGGGAGGGGUAUUCUCAUGGCGCAAUGCACUGUGACUUGUUCUUGAAGUUGUAUGUCCACUGUUCCAUCUAUCAUGUUUUAUACCUUUCCACCUUCCAGUCUCUCUGCCCACCCUCCAUGGUCUUUUUGUACGUGUAUGGCUACUGGUAGGCCAGCUUGAACAGCGAGGGAAAGUAGCUCAGAAACAUCAUUUUGAGUGAUGAGGUGGGAUUGUGGGAGUGGGCAGCUCCCAGGCUCUAGAGGAAGGGAAACUGAAGAUGCUGGCUUCUGUAGGAAUGUGUGAGAACCUUCCCCUGAGCAUGGGCAGUACCAAUAUGAUAGAUCUAUCUUGAGGCUGCUUUAGUUUCUGUCCAGUCAGACCACAAAGAAUGACUAUGGGUGGCAGUGGGGAACCUUGACAACUAGCAGUUACUAGGCCAAGGAAGGGAGCCUUGGUGGCAUGGCUCCCUGGGGACCAAGCAGACAGCCCUUAUCUCUGCUUUCUAAAACCUUGAAGCUUUUAGCUGGGUGUGGUGGUGCAUGCCUGUAAUCCCAGCAUUUAGGAGGCUGAGGCAGGAUU